AUGGACCCUUCCACCGAGAAGUCUACUCUGAUGAAAGACCCCACCUUGGAUGACGACCUUGAUUUCACUGAAGAGGAUCCUGAAUUGGACGCUCUUCUCCUGGCCACCGAGACGAACAUGGACCCUCUUUCCAUGAUCGAGCAGUUUGCGGUUAUGCAUGAAUCGUCAGAAAUCCACGCGGCUCUCUCGUGUGCCUUGGCGGCCGUGGAUGUGGACGUGGAAGAUCCGAACAACCCUUGGCAUCACACGGCUGCCGAGAUUACCAAGAAACCUGAGCUCUCCGAAGAAGUGGCCCAACUCCACGAUCAAGUGCUCCGGUCCGCUACGCGGAUUCUGUUUGCCGAACAGGAAGCGACCGAAACGCACACGAAAGCCAAGCAGAACGUGGAGAAGUUGUUGCGCAUUGAGACUGGACUUCAGGGCGUCCAAGACGUGCAACGCGAAAUCAAGAGUCAUCGUUCCGAAGAAGAAAAGGUGGCACUGAAGCAGUUCCGACAAGCCAUGGCCAAGGCCCGUCAAGACUACGAAGAUGCCCGCCAGAUGGCACGUACCAAACGUCGCGCCAAACUGCAUUUGGUGGCGGCCGCCCAAGAACGUCUCGAGACGCUGCGCAUCUCGCACGAAGAAAUGGGUCGCAUCUAUGCCAAGAAAACCUUGGAACAACAGCAAAAGUUGAAAAAGGAGAGACUCUUGUACAACUUGCAUCUCGAAAGUCUCGCCAAGGCAGCACUGCAAGAACAGCAAGACAAAAAGAUGGACAUUAUGGGUUCCGCUGCUCUAGAAGCAGCCGAAGAUUGCAGUACCACGUCGGAUGAAAGCUCGGUUUCUCCUUUCACCAUGAUGAUCAAACAUACCCGUACCAGCAGUACAUGGACCGACUCGUCUCAGUCCGACUGA